AUGUUAUGCUAUCGUGAUCGGUCAAUUCCAAAAGAUUUAAACCUUGUGCAGUUAUUCUAUAAUUCAUUAAAAAAGUUUGCCAAUAUGUACAAUGUUUACAUACAAUUGAUUUUAUCAGAGAUCAAUAUUGAACAAUUGAAAGAAAUGAUGAAAUUAUCUGUAAAAUGUAAACAUUUCAAAUCGAUAUCCAAUAAAUCAAUUAAUCAUCGUUAUAUUUUUAAUAUAUUACAAAAAUAUAUGGAUUGUUUUAAAGAUGCUUUCUAUUCUAAUCAUAAUUUCAAUAUAUUUUUAAAAUAUAUCCUUUUUAUAUAA